AUCUGAGCGUCGUAGGGGCACUGUAGUGUAGGAGCCGAGAGUAGCUGGAGGCUGCUGGUAAUCAGUCUUGUCCACGACCACGCAAACUGGAAGGUCUCAGUAUAGCGUGGGUGCCCAGGGAUCCACUGCCCGAGCGUGACGAGAGCAGCAGCCAAGACCCCGGAGACAUGAACCACACCAAGGGAGGCCUGGUGAUCUUCACUGCCAACUCGCACCCCUCCAGUCGUGAGCUUGGCAAGAGGAUUGCUGAGCGGUUAGGAGUGGAGCUUGGCAAAGUGCAGGUGUACCAGGAAGCUAACAGAGAAACACGGGUACAGAUCCAGGAGUCUGUGCGAGGCAAAGAUGUCUUUGUGAUCCAGACGGUGUCCAAAGAUGUGAACACCACCAUCAUGGAGAUGCUCAUCAUGGUUUAUGCAUGCAGGACGUCUUGUGCCAAAAGUAUCACAGGCGUCCUCCCAUAUUUUCCCUACAGCAAGCAGUGUAAGAUGAGGAAGAGAGGCUCCAUAGUCUCCAAGCUCAUCGCCUCUAUGAUGUGUAAAGCCGGCCUUACCCACCUGAUCACCAUGGAUCUCCAUCAGAAGGAGAUUCAGGGAUUCUUCAACAUCCCAGUGGACAAUCUGAGAGCAUCGCCCUUCCUGCUGCAGUACAUACAGGAAGAGGUAAGAAAAAGAAAACACAUACAAAGUAGCUCGUGCUAA